CGGGGAUCGGGGAGAGAUUAGAGACCCGGUACCGGGGGUCGGAAGGGCUCAGAGACCCGGUACUGGGGGGUCGGGGGAGAAUAGAGACCUGGUUCCUCCUCGCGGGCCUGUCUGUCCGCCGAUGGGGCCGGUCACCGGGAGUCCAGCCGCUCCCCUGGACACCGGGACCGUAUCCGAGCUCAACGUUUCUAUGGUGAACGGCACCGAGGACGGAGAACCGCCUUUCCUGACCGAUGCCUGGCUGGUGCCGCUCUUCUUCGCUCUGAUCAUGUUCCUGGGGCUGGUCGGUAACGCGCUCGUUAUUUAUGUGAUCAGCAAACACCGGCAGAUGAGGACGGCAACCAACUUCUACAUCGCUAACCUGGCUGCUACGGACAUCAUAUUCCUGGUUUGCUGUGUUCCAUUUACUGCCACUCUGUACCCUCUACCUGGCUGGAUCUUUGGAGACUUCAUGUGCAAGUUUGUCAACUACUUACAACAGGUUACUGUCCAGGCAACCUGCAUUACUCUGACUGCAAUGAGUGCUGACCGAUGUUAUGCAACAGUUUAUCCGCUUAAGUCGUUGCGUCACCGUACUCCCAAGGUUGCCAUGGUGGUCAGCAUGUGCAUAUGGAUAGGUUCCUUUAUUCUGUCUUUCCCAAUUAUUAUUUAUCAGAAGAUUGAAAAAGGUUACUGGUAUGGACCUAGAACAUAUUGUGCAGAGGCCUUUCCAUCAGAUUCCCAUCAGAAAGGCUUCAUACUCUAUCACUUUCUUGCUGUCUACCUUCUGCCUUUGCUCACCAUCUCUUUAUGCUACUCCUUGAUGAUUAAGAGAGUUGGGCAGCCUGUUGUUGAGCCCAUUGACAGCAACUAUCAGGUUCAACUUUUAUCAGAAAGAACAAUAGCAAUGAGAAGCAAGAUCUCUAAAAUGGUGGUGGUAAUUGUGCUCCUCUUUACAAUCUGUUGGGGACCCAUCCAGCUCUUCAUCCUCUUCCAGGGAUUUUAUCCAAAAUUCCAGGCCAACUAUGAGACCUACAAGAUCAAGACUUGGGCUAACUGCAUGUCAUAUGCCAACUCCUGCAUCAACCCCAUAGUUUAUGGGUUUAUGGGAGCCCGCUUCAGGAAGUCUUUUAAAAAGGCUUUCCCAUUCAUGUUCAGACGGAAAGUGAGGGACACCAUCAUGACAUCUGGCAGUGGUAAUGCAGAAAUGAAGUUUGUCACUGCAGAAUCAUAAUUGUAAUAGAUUGUCAUGAAUGAACGUGGUUAAAGAUAGGAAAGCACAGACGGUUGACUUGUUUGGCCCACAGAAUUCCUGGUGGGCAAACAUAUCUUCAAUAAGAUAUUCAAUUACUUUUUUAAAUCUAUGGCAACCUUAGCAGAGCUUGCCACUUUUAAGGAGCAUUUACCAGUUUGGCCAUGUUAUGUAGUUCACUGUAAAAAGUAUUUCACCAUCAAAAAGAUUCAGAAACACAACUGAGUCCUUUAUAAUUGGUUUUCCAAGAAAUAUUGUCCUUGGAUUUAGAAUUCUGUAAACUGCAGUUGGGAGCAGCCAAUACACAAAUCUCCCUUGACACGGCCUGUUGAGUCACUCCUUUUCAACUGAAAAGCAUCAAUUAAACCAUUUUAAAGCUUGGACCUAGAGCAGGUUUUACUUUUAGAGUUAAAAAUACUACAUAAUGGCAAUACAUGGAAAGUGAUUUGAAUCAUUGGAAUUUUGUAUAAGGGAGAAGUAAUAAAUAGCUCGGUUCAUUUAAAUGAGACUUAUAAUUGGUGUAAAAGAGGAGGGAUUUGAUUCGCUGAAAUUGCAGUUGGGGAAUUGUUUAGGAAAUGGUUAACCUAUUGGGAAUUUAUCUAGCGGCCUGAUUGAGAAUCUGUGUGAUCCAUUGAUUUUAUAUAACGGAAGUUAAUGGGUUACCUAUUGAAAUUUAACGCAGUGAAAAUAAAUGGACUUUUGAUCAGAAUUAGUUCUGAUUGGCCUGCAUGGGAAUUGGUUUAAAACACUGGAAUUUUUUUGUUGUUAUAUACAUGAAUAUAUUCUGUGUAUUUGUGUCUUAGGGAACUCACCAAGCUAUCUUACUAUGGUUGGAAUGAUUCAUCUGGAAAAUGCAAUCAUUUGCAAUUUGAGUUUGAGUGAUAUUGAAAAAACUACA